AAGCGGGAGCGGGGAGGAGCCGGGGAUUUUCCCAUGGCACAACAAAAGCACGAGCGCUAUUGCCUUUACAACAUUUACAUGAACCUCGAGGACCGCGAUGUUACACUCCGUCAGCGGCGCCGUUUGCCUUUCUACGCCACUCUUUGACGUGCCACCCAGCCUUAUCGAAGAAUUCUGCAAGAUUCUAGACUGCAGUGAUGGGCGACUGGGCUGGCGAGGUCUGGCUGAACGCGUUUUACCCAACUGGCUUGAAGUGCGGUACUUUGAACGACUCUCAGAACAAGGAAAGAGCCAAACAAGAGAACUACUUUGGCAAUGGGCUCAGAGAAACAAGACGGUGGGAGAUCUGCUUCUUGUCCUAAAAGACAUGGGCCAUCAGAGAGCAAUCAGUCUCUUUAUGCAGGGAGACAGUGUGUCAUUUUCAGUUCCUAAGGUAUGUGACUUGGUGAAGCCUGAAACAAACCCUGCACAAACAAGAUGCUCCAAGGGUGACAAUAAUGUUUUUUCUCCAGUUGAUUAUAAGCCACCGUGCACAGCACCUACUGUCAACCUACAUCAAGAUGACUCGGCCAUACAACUCACUGACCCUAAAGUCAUUGCUGAGGCAACACAAAACUUUCACUCAGAUCAAAAGAUUGGAGAAGGAAUGUUUUCAGAGAUAUAUAAAGGUGUGAUUCAGAAUAAGUUAUUUGCAAUAAAGGUGCUGAAACAGGAGAAACAAAGUGACUGGAAAAAAUUGUGGCAGGUUUUCCUGUCAGAAGUAGAAGUUCUGUUGAUGUAUCGCCAUCCACAUAUUCUGGAACUUGUUGGCUAUUGCUCAGAUGAGGAGCGUUACUGUUUGGUCUAUCCCUUCAUGCAAAAUGGAUCUUUGCAUACCAAACUGCAAUGCAAGGACAAAACCAUGGGACUACCUUGGCAGCUACGCCUUAAUAUUAUUAAAGGAAUUGCAAAGGCUGUUCACUUCUUGCACACAGCCCAGCCCUGCUCAGUCAUCUGUGGAAACAUAACAAGUGCCAACAUACUGCUGAAUGAAUACUUUGAACCUAAGCUGACAGACUUUGCUUUGGCCAGACUAAGACCUCACACUGCAAAUCAAAGCUGUACUAUUACACUGGAUUCGGACACCCGCCAGAUGAUGGGCUACUGGCCUGAGGAGUACAUUCGAGAUGGCAAGCUGUCUGUGAAAUUAGAUGUCUUCAGCUUUGGCGUUGUUAUCUUGGAAGUCCUGACAGGAAAAAAACCUGUCUUGGAGGAUCCCAAAUACACAUUACUGAGAAAUCUAGUGACAGAAACAGUAAAGGAGAAUGGCAGUGUGGACAAUUGCCUCCCAUUGUUGGAUGAAAAGGCAGGUGCCUGGCCUCACUUAGUUUCCUUAAGACUCUUCUCAUUAGCCUUGGAAUGCACAUCAUCACGGGUGAAAACAAGGCCUAUUAUGAAGACAGUGUCAAAGGCCCUAGAAGAGCUGAGUAUCAUGUGCUAUGAAACUGAUGAUCAACCAAGGACACUGAAGGAAACAGUUUCUCCAGUCUCCACUGAUCUACACAGGAGACACCCAGUAGAGAAUGAUGAAAUUCAAGACUCUCCAUUAAAAUGGGCAGGACCAAAUAAACCCCCACCUAACCAACACAUACAAGGAAGAGAAAGAAGUGUGCCAUGUGAAUGCAGCCAAUCUGAGGUUACAUUCAUAGGAAUAACAGGAUGUCAAAAUGCCACUCCUUCCAAGUCACCACUUAAUGUGUGUGUAGUUGGACAAGAUGAAAAAAAUUCUUGGCUGCCAAAGAGCUUUCAAAACGUCUGGGGGCCUGUAGAGUGCAGCUGUACAGCUGAAAACAGUAAAGAGGAGUGCUUGGAGUGCAGAGCAAAUGGCUUCCUCUCCAAUACACCAGUAUCAGGCUCUGACUGUGAAUAUUCAAUGGUUGUAGAAAACACAGCCAAAGUGAAGUUUAUGAACAAAAUACAACGCUACAAGCAGGGUGAGCUGACAUCAGAGGAGCUGCUUUCCAUCACUCCUGUUUACCAAGAAAUUGAGACUGUAAGUUCUUCAAACCUGCCAACUGAAGAGGAAGACUAAGGCAGCAUUUUGGAGGAAGACCAGCUCUACCAGAAAUUAUAUGGUGGUUAUUGCAGUUUUUCAUAUACUCAAAAUCCACUCAGUUCAUAGUUUAUUAAACAAUAUAUAACCAAUGAACAAUUUCUUUUUAAUAUGGAUUGAAAAUGCUUGCUUUCCUUUAAUCUGUUAGAGAUGAGAUCAGUAUAGAAGGAUACUCGGACCUUCUACAGCAUUGCACUGCACAACAGGUGAAACCUGAAGCACUUUGCUUGUCCAUGUUAUUUAUUCACUUAAAGGCAAGGGACAUCUGCAGACACACCGUCACUGCCACUAUUUCUUAGUGUAACAGCUUAACAAUGUUUAUACAGAUAGGAAAGUUAUUUUGUAAUGUCAUAAGCUCUCUUUUGGUGAGCACUGUACCCCAGUUAAUGUUCACACAGUAAUAUGCAUCUAGAGUUAAAGUCACCUUUUUAUAGUCUGCAACAGUGAAAAGGAGCCUCAAAAUGACCCACUAUAAGAUACAUGGGCUCCCCUUCUGAUGUAAUUAAGGAAAAAUGUUUUAUCCACCACUUUCUGUAGUUCUAGACCAGUAAACAGUCUCUUUUAAAAGGAGUUUUUUUGCUAGUUUUUAGUUGGAUAUUCAUGUAUUUUUUAAUUAAAUGGGGGUCUUAUUGAGUAGGCAAAUUUGCUGGUAUGUUUCUUUUCUUGCACUGAACAUUCUGUGUUUCAUAAACUACAAAAUACUGCAUUUUAACAUAUUGAAUCUUAACAUAUUGACAACUGGUAAAUUAAUGUAUAUCACAAGCUGUUUUACAGUGAAGUAUUUUUUAUUGAGAAUAAGAAUAGUGAUCCACUAUGUGGAAUAUUACAAUUUUUUUUGACAGAUUAUGUUUUGAAAUAAAAGUAUGUUGGUCUCAAA